GGACGAUAGGCAUAAUAUUAUAGCCAGCGGGACUGUUUUAUGGUAAGAGGCUCAGGAGGGAUAGCGAGGAAGGGUCAAGGAGAGCCAGCAUUUCCAGCAUCCUACCUCGGUCAGCCCAUAGCAACACUAUACUAUACUACACGGACAGUGGCAAAUGUCAUAGAGUGUACGACAAAUAACAUUUCCGCUUAGUGACAAACCUACCUCUGUAGCUAUGUAGCAUGAACAAAGCGAUAUAUAGUAGUACAUAUUUAUCCUGAAGCAGGGCAUACUAUUGGGUUUGAACGGUAACUUGUAAGUGAUAACUGAAGACAUGUACGGUACAUGCAUGCGAUAUAUAAACCCACUGUAAACUAACAUAAAGAAAAUGUACACGCACCUAUAGUUCUCGUAAUAUACAAGAGAAAGUUAUGCAAUAUAAGGGAUGUUAUACUUUCCAGGGACUCAAUUUUAACCCCACUGUUAAUUUCGACACUGCAUGACAAUAUAUAAAGCUACUAAAACCGCUAGUAAUGCUAUAUUACAAUUGUAUGUGUAAUAUGGAAAGCCAGCUAGGAUAUAUAAGAAAAAUGGUAGUCAUCGAAGGAGCUAUAUAACUAAUGCAGUUCACAACCCGUCACAUGUCUAUACUUCCCGGCAAAACUGGAAUCCUUCACUAGAAAUUCGCAUUAAAGUGGAUUUUUUUUUUCGCUUAGGAGUCGUGCUUGAAGACGAUUACAACUGCUAAUACCAACAUUUCUAUUCUCCUCGAGGACGAGAGGAGAGAGGGAAGAAGAGGUUAAGAGACACGAAGACUGAAACGAUUAUGAUAAGAUGGCAAAAUUGGAAGGGGAUGAUUGUUGAGGAGAAUUUCUGUGUGAGUGUGCGUUAGAAAAGAAGGAACACAAAAAGUUAUGUAACACCAACAAUGAUUGACUAUUAACCAUAUAAUAAACGAACAAACGUUUUCACAUAUUUAAUCCUUCCAGUGUGUGUGUGUGUGUGUGUGUUGUAAAGUCAAAAGUCACAAGGCCACCUGAUCAGCUGACCGAAUUGUAAACAGUAAACAAAGACGAUAGGACUCUGAGACAUGUGAGGGUGUCGUGUAAUAAGUGCCUUUAUCACUAUAGAUACUCUCCCAGCGGCUUGUCAUAAAGUGGAUUUUGGCCUAUGUAGUGUCAUCCAUGAUAUAAAGGUAGGCCUGUGUAAGAUUCGGUGUCCAGGUAAUAGUGCCAGACGUACUGUGUAACCUUGGCUGCCUGGGUGGCAGGUUUGCUCUGUGUUUGCUGAGGGAGGAAUUUCACAUUGUUUGCUCUCAUUCAAAUGGUGAGGAGGGACAAUGAAGAUCCAAUUUGGAGAGAAGGGUGAGGUAUCCUGGGAUGUCCUGGUGGAGACACUCGGGGCUGAGGAGUUGCAUGAUGACCGCCACCACACAUCCUCCUGCAAAGAGCGGUUCUGGAGGCAGUGCUGCAUGGGCUCACGGCUGACGCUGGCCUUUGUCGUGAGUGUGGUAACCCUCACACAGCUUUGGCUUCUCCUCUACCUGCUCAGUACCUGGGAUGCUACAAGUCCAGCCACACACAUUGUUUACAUUGAUGAUUUAGGGAAUGAGCGCCACAUACAUUUCUCAUGGUCAAACUGUGGCAGUGCAUCAGACCCAGUGCAGCUCAAGCAGCUCCAGGUGUUUCCAGACCCUGUACUAAUUGACAGCAACAUCACCCUUACCUUGAAUGCAUACCUGGAUCGCUUCCUUGAUGCUCCCAUUUCGGCUUCAGUCAAAGUGGAGCGCAAGAUGGGGUGGUUUUGGGUGAAGGUCCCCUGUGUGGAUGACUUGGGCUCCUGCUACUACAAGGAUGUGUGUCAGCUGUCUCCCUUUGUGCCCUCUCAACCAUGUCCUGACCCCUUCCCUAGAUUUGGACUGCCUUGCCGGUGCCCUAUUAAGAAGGGCCAGUAUAAGGUGAAAGGAGGAGUAUUCAACAUUACAGAGCUUGUCAAGUAUAUUCCUGCCUGGCUUGUCUCUGGAGAUUACUAUAUCCAUGCCACUGCCCAAAAGAAAGGUGUGUCACUCGGAUGCUACAACCUCUAUGUCUCAGUGUCAUACUAAACCAUGGCACAUCACUGACAUUCUCCUGCCUAUGAGUGAGAGGCAUGCAGGAUACUCAGGCUAAUGUGGUGUUUGCUCAGAGAGAGAGUGUUACCUUGUAUAGUUAAUGGUUACUCUCUAUUAUUUCUUAAUAUAUUCCUAUAUGAAGGUUGUUUUUGUCAUCAGGUUUGUAUUGGAUCAUAAUUAUGUGUUAUGUGGUAUUUUUUUGUUAGUGUGUUUGUAUUACUGGUUGUUAUAUGUCAUGAUGGCUGGACUUUCUUGCAAAUAUAUUAAUAUGAUUUUAUAUAAUCAAUAAUUAUGUUAUCGAUACUAUUGGUAUGUGAUAACAUGUAUGAUGCCCAUUUUUUAUCACAACAUUUUAGAAUAGUAGUAGCUUUGUUACUGAAAAAAAGCCUCAUAUUACUUAACACUAAAGCUGCCAGUAUUCCAAAUGCCAUAUCAUACUUUAAGGGGAAGUUUGUAACAUAUUUUAUAAGGUUUUCUCAGCGAUACAGCAGUCUUCUGGUGACCCAUUACUACUCAGGAUGUGAGCCAAACUUUAUACAAAGAGGGUUAUUUGCUUAGUUCCAUUGCCUGUAUGUGUUCCUUAUAUGGAAGUUUAGGAGAUAACCAGAAAUGAAUAGUUAUAUUUUUCUUUACUUUUUUUACUGAAGUUGUAACAUUGCUGGUCUACAUAGCUCCUGAAAUUUAAUAUAAUUUUCAUCUCUGUCAUAGUUGCUUUGAUGCAAGAUUAAUAUAAAAACAAUUACUUUUGAAAAUUAUUGGAAUUAAUAUUGAAGAGAAAUGUAGAUGUAAUUUUGAGGUGUGGAAUAUUUUAAUUGAUAAAAAAUACAGUACACAUUAGUUGUAAUUUUGCCAUGUACAAAAGAUUAUCAGGGUUAAAACAUUGAACAAAAUC